AUGAUGGCGAGGAUCGCGCUGCAUCUGCUAGUGCUCUGCACGCUGCUCGUCUCCGCAGCUCUCGCCUCGCCAGCCGCGCUCUCCUCCCUACCGCUCGAUCGUCGUGCCGAGGAAUUCACCGAUGUCGACGGCAGCGCGGUGUUUCGACAAUGCACUCAGCGCUACAACACCUCGAGGAUGAACCCGCUACCGCAGCAGGGUUACUUCAACCCCAACAACGGCACAAAUGGAAGCAUGCUCACGAUCUGGCUGGACGGUACACCGGGUGAACCGAUCAAUGCGAUCAUCUCGUCGAAUUCUUCCGCUCAGGUCCUUUGUCCUGAAGGCUUCCUUCGCUAUGCCACCUCGAUCAACUUUGGCGUCUCUUGUCUGGGCAACGUCAACGGCUCCAACCAGUACGCCAACCUCGGCGACGGGUUCGGCAUCCGCGAACAGGGCAACUACGGCGGAGGCAACGGCGUCCUUCGCUGGAACUACGGCGACCCCACCUUCGGUACCUGCAAGGAAUCCAUCGAGGGCGACAACCACUUCCGCUGGUUCCUCCAGAACGGCACCGCGGCCUUCUCCGGAGCCAUCUUCAUCGCUGCAUCCAUGGAGGAAUCCGCCGCUCUGGGACACAUGAUCCAGCGGGACGGGUACAAUCGUGGUCGAGACUACAUCGUGGGUAACGCGACGAUGAACAGGACCACGAGCUACAAGGGUUUCGUAUGGAAGACCGAGGUGGAGUGGAUUCCAGCGGGUGUGCUGUUGAACGCUACCAGCGAAGGGAUAAAUCACCCAGAGAUCGCGUUGCCCGGCCAACCGGUGCAGGACGGCAGAGUAGCGCUGCUGACAGUAACCCAGUUGCAGGAGCCCACCAACUCGACCACCCAGCAGACCUCGAGCGCCCCUUCCUCAGUCACGUCCAUCUUCACUUCCACCACCGUACUAGCAGCACUCCUGCUCCCUGCAGCUCUAGCACUUCUCAUGUAA